AACGAAUUGUCUUAGUUGCCAUUAACUUCCGGACUCGUGAAUAAGUGAUUUUUUUAAUAAAAAAGUGAUACAUAUUUUGGAAAUGAGUUUAAUAAAAGGUGUAAAUUAUUUUACCGCUAAUGGUGAAAAUUCCAAAAAAAUAUCAAUAACGGAUUUUUACAAUAAUCAAGAAAUAUUUAUAACCGGUGGCUCCGGUUUCAUAGGAAAAGCUCUAAUAGAAAAGCUAUUGCGUUCAUUUCCUAAUUUUAAUAAAAUGUUUAUAUUAUUACGUCCAAAAAAGGACAAAUCGGCGGAUGAAAGACUUCAAGAACUUUUGGAUAAUAUAAUAUUUCAAAGAGCGCGUGAUGAGCAACCGGAAUGUUUCAAAAAAAUUCACGCCAUAGCUGGUGAUUGUAAGGAAUUGGGCCUGGGCAUAAGCAGCGAAGACCUUACACGAAUCAAAAAUGUUACCAUCAUUUUCCAUUCGGCCGCAAAUGUCAGGUUCGAUAAUCCUUUUAAGGAUUCCGUUUUUAUAAAUUUACGUGGCAUUCAUGAAAUUUUAAAAAUCGCUGAAACGAUGUCAAAGCUAAUCGCUUUCGUACAUGUGUCCACUUUAUACGCGAACGUCGAUCAAAUUCAUAUAGAAGAAAAGAUGAGGUCAAGUAAUUGUGAUUGGCGUACAACCAUUAAAUUAGCUGAAACACUCGAUGGCGAAACACUGGAUAUACUUUUUAAAAAGUAUAGUUCUGAUCAUCCGAAUACUUAUACGUUUGCAAAAAGUUUAGGUGAACACAUUGUCAAUGAUUAUAGAAAUAAAUUGCCCAUUAUAAUAUAUCGCGUAGCCCAGGUGAUCAACAGUGUUGAUGAACCCUUACCAGGCUGGUUAGAUAAUAUUAAUGGUCCAGCAGCUCUAAUCAUGGCAUGUUAUAUCGGCGUGAGCCAAGUUUCCUAUAUGAGCCCCUAUACGAAAUUAAAUAUGGUUCCAUGUGAUGCAACGGUUCACGGUCUUAUCAUAUCCGCUUACGCGGUCGUUAUGAAACCUAGCUUUUUAAACAAUUCAAAUGGAUCCGUAGAAGUGUUAAAUAAUUGUAUGUCAAGCGAGACUUUAUCGACUCAAUUGCAAAUCAUAGAGCACGGCGUUGAUUUAGCAAGGGAAAACCCUUCGGAAAAAGCGAUAUGGGCUACAGGUAGAACCCAAACGAAUUGUUGGAUACGUUUCUUUAUACACUUCAUGCUUAUCCAAUUUUCAUUAGCCAUUUUGCUUGAUUGUAUCCUACGUUUGAGGAAAGAAAAACCUUUUUUCGUGAAACUACAACGACGAAUAUAUUCUGCUAAUAUGAUCGUUCAAAAAUUUGUAAACACGAAUUGGAUCGCGGAUAACGACAAAUACAAAAGUUUAUCUACCCUGAUAACCGAGGAAGACAAGAAUAAAUUAAAUCUACGUCUAAACUUUAAAAUCGAUAAAGACUAUGGACGAACUUGUAUUGAAGGAUACAAAAGAUUUAUCUUAAAGGACCCAGUUAAACCCUCCAAACAGGCAAUUUUACGAUUUAAGAUUUUAUUUUUUUUACAUUAUUUGGUAAUGUCUGUCAUGGGCUUAUGCUUAUUGUUGGUUAUAAAAAAACUGAUUCCAUUAUCUGUAUAACAACUUAUGUUAUUUUAUAUUCAAA